AUGAAAAAAGCCCUAUCCGUCGCCGGAAAAUCAAACUCCGGUGGAAUCCUUGAGAACACGGCAGGGGAAGGAGGGAAACGAGCGAAACAGGGGAAGCACGAAGGGAGGAGAGAGGGAGGAAGAGAGCGUGGAGGUUGGGCUGGGCUGGGAUUCGCCGGGAAUUUCGACGGCGAUGGUGACGGGGAAGGGUGGUUCGCCGGAGUUUUAGGGGCGGAGGUUGGUUGGAGAGAUGAUGAGGGUGGAUGGAGGUGGUGGUGGUUGUGGGAGGUGGUGCGAAAAAGAGGGAACGAGACAGGGGAGGCGAGAAGAGAAGAGGGAGCAGGGGAAGGAGGUGGUGCGUGCGAUGGUGUUGUAGGGCGACGGUGGUCUGGGUGGCUGGGGAUGUUGCGGCAGGUGGUAGAUGAUGGUGGUGAGAAUGGUGGUGGGAAUGGUGGUGGAUGCGGUGGUGGCAGACGGUGGUUGGUUGGACUGAAUCACAGAAAAACAAGGAUUGAGAUUGAGAUUGAAAUUGUAUUUGGUUUGUUGUUGAAAUUCCAUCUUAAUUUCUGA